AUGAACAUAAUAGAACCGAGUCUUGAUAACCACUUCUCUAGUCAUGCUGAUGACAAAGAGGGGGAGAAAGACUUUACUGCUGCUACUGUCCCUACAACUGAAGUUGAAGCUGAUGCUCAAAGAGCUGAAGCUAAUGAAGCUGAGGUUGUUGAUGACACCAUCAUUUCCCAUGAAGUUAAUGAAGUUGAGGUUGUUGAUCAUGCCGUCAGAGCUGUUGUUGAAGCUCAUGAUAAAGACCUUCCCAUUACUCCUGCAGCUGAUGCUGCUGAUGAGGAAAAUGAAGAUGAAAAUGAAGACGAUGACGAUGGAGAUGACGAUGACUCUCCAUCCCGUCCUGACGCUGGAAAGGAUCUCGGUGGUGAUGAUGAUGAAGACGACAAUGACGAAGACUUCACAAUUCAGUAA